GUUAUUUUGUGUCAUGAGAAAAACCGGUAAGUCUUGCAGUUUUGGUAAGUCUUGCAGUUUUGCUGAAGAUGCACCAAAGAAAUCAGUCAAUUUUAGCGAAAACCUGGUAGAGAAGAAGUCUGUCAACUUUGGUGACGAUUCAUCAAAAAGAUCAGUAAAUUUGUAUGAUGAUUUUGCUGAAGAAGCUCCAAAGAAAGCAGUUAAUUUUGGUGAUAGUGGUGAGAAGAAACCAGCAAGAUUUGGCAAGAAACGACCGUCUCUUCUGCGACAGAAGUCAUCGCACUGCCUUGUUGGAGUGGACGUGCUCCAAGUUAGCAAACUAGUAGAGGAACUAACUGAGGAGCUGGUGGUGGAAUAUGAGGAAGCCGAACAGGAACCUAUAGACCCUUCACUGUUAGACGAGUGCGACAACCUAACGGACUGCACUGAGAGGAUUUUAGAAGCAUUAGGCUACAAUAGUGAGGAUGAUGACUUCAAGUUCACCUCCUCGGGCUCGACCCACUCGUCCUCUUCUUCCGGGGAAUCAGGGUUUGAGGUACCAUGGCAACCAGUUACCAGAACAGUGAUAUCACUUUAGAACUUGGUAAAGCAUUUUUAUGAUCAAUUGCCUAAUCAUCGCCGCCAAUGACUUUACUCUGCUGACUGCUGGUUAUGCUCAAUUUGAGAAACUGUAAAAUGUAAACUAUGCUGUUCAUGUGUGUCUUUAAAAUGAUAACCUGUGUUACUUUUAUUAAAAUACCACUGGAAUCUGCACGAACUGUUGUUAAAUAUAAAUUUGUUUAGAUUAAAUUACUGUAAGUUUAAAUAAUGAUUGUGUGAA